AUGGAAGGGGUUCAACCCCUGGAUGAGAGUGUAGGAAACACACUCCGGUCAAGAUGCCAGAGGAACAAGCUCUUGCUGGUGGCCUUGGUGGCCCAGGGGCUGGGGCUGUUCCUGUGCCUCACCCUCAUCUGCCUGUACCGCUCUGCUCCUCAGGUGCAGUAUCCUUCAAUUCAAAGUAUUAGAAUACAAUUUAAUGGGUGUGAGAAGAAAUUUUUCCGCGUUAUACCRGAAAAGGCUGAGACCAUGAAGGUGGAAAACAGCUCAAUCAUCAUCAACUGUGACGGGUUUUAUCUCAUCUCCCUGAAGGGCUACUUCUCCCAGGAGGUCAACGUCAGCCUUUACUUUCGGAAGGGUCACAAUCCAAUCUCCAUCCAGAGCACCAACAAGAAGGUCAACUUCAUCACGGUGGUCUCUUUGGCUUUCAAAGACAAAGUGUACCUGGACCUGAGUGCUCACAAUACCUCCUGCCUCCCAGUGAAUGGUGGGGAAUUGAUUCUCAUCCACCAAAAUCCGGGUGGGUUCUGUGCCCACUGAGGAUCUGAUGGCCAUACCCCAAACCAGGCACCAGCASGAACACCAAGCUGGGGGUGGCAGGACACUGAUUCUUCCUUGUGAGUGGAGUUCUUCAUGCUCGGCCACACGGGAUGUGAGCAGAAGCAGAUCCUGCCCUACCCCCUCACUCAGG